GGUUGGGGAACUAAGAUCCCACGUGCCACGCGGCAAGGCGGAAAAAAAAAAUUCCUUUUCACCUUGCAUGCACCAGGACAGCUACUGUCAAAAAACCCAGAAAAUAACAAGCGUUGGCGAAGGUGUGGAGGGAAUGGAAGAUGGUGCAGCUGCCAUGAAAAGCAGUAUGGUGGUUCCUCAAAAAUUAAAUGUAGAAUUACUGUAUGAUCCAGUAAGUCCACUUCUGCGUAUAGACCCAAAAGAGUCGAAGGCAGAGACCCGAAGAGCCUUUAAUAGGAGGGCCAUUCUGACACACAGUCCAACGUAGAUGAACCUUGAGGACGUGAUGCUGAGUGAGACAAGCCUGUCUUGGAAGGAGGAACACUGUCCGACCACCUACAGGAGGUGGUGGUGAUGGCUGAAGAUGGGAACGAGGAGAUCAUGUUCAUCUGGUGUGAAGACUGCAGCCAGUACCACGACUCUGAAUGUCCCGAGCUGGGCCCAGUGGUCAUGGUCAAAGACUCCUUUGUGUUAAGCAGGGCAAGGUCGUCCCUUCCCUCCAACCUGGAGAUCAGACGCCUGGAAGAUGGAGCUGAGGGGGUGUUUGCUGUGACCCAGCUCGUCAAGCGCACGCAGUUUGGCCCAUUUGAGUCGAGGAGAGUCGCCAAAUGGGAGAAGGAGUCUGCGUUUCCAUUGAAGGUGUUCCAGAAGGACGGGCACCCCGUGUGCUUCGACACCUCCAAUGAGGAUGACUGCAACUGGAUGAUGCUGGUGCGGCCGGCAGCAGAGCCCGGGCACCAGAACCUGACGGCCUUCCAGCACGGCAGCGACGUGUACUUCACCACCUCGCGUGACAUCCCCCCGGGCACCGAGCUGCGCGUGUGGUACGCGGCCUUCUACGCCAAGAGGAUGGACAAGCCCAUGCUGAGGCAGGCCUGCCCUGGGCUCCAUGCUGCAGGCACCCCAGAGAGCAGCACGCCAGUGGAGGCGGAACCCAGCCGGUGGGUGUGCAAGGUGUGUUCGGCCGCCUUCCUUGAGCUGCAGCUGCUGAAUGAGCACCUGCUGGGCCAUUUGGAACAAUCCAGGAGCGUCCCCCCAGCCGGCCAGCAGGAUUCGGAGGCAGAGAAGGAAGCAGACGUGCCCCGGGGGGAGCCUCCCGCAGUUCCCAAGAGUGUCAGUGCCGCCAAAGAGCAGAAGAAAAAGCCUCGAAGGGGGAGAAAACCCAAAGCAUCCAAGCCAGAGCAGCCUCUAGUUAUCGUGGAAGGCGAGGAGCCCGCAGAACAAGUGGCAGAGAUCAUGAGCGAGGUCGAGCCUGUGGCUGCGUCGCCGGACGAACGGAUCAUGGAGCUGGUUCUGGGGAAGCUGGCCGCCACCCCCAGCGACGUGAGCUCAGUGCCAAACAGGUUCCCGCACCAUCAGAGCGGCAGCAUCACCCUCAAGAGGAGCCUGAUUCUCUCGAGCCGCCACGGCAUCCGGCGGAAGCUGGUGCGGCAGCUGGGGGAGCACCGGCGGGUCUACCAGUGCAGCAUCUGCAGCAAGGUCUUCCAGAACAGCAGCAACCUCAGCAGGCACGUGCGCUCCCACGGCGACAAGCUGUUUAAAUGCGAGGAGUGCACCAAGCUGUUCAGCCGCAAGGAGAGCCUGAAGCAGCACGUCUCCUACAAGCAUAGCAGGAACGAGGUCGACAGCGAGUACAGGUACCGGUGCGGCACCUGCGAGAAGACCUUCCGCAUCCAGAGCGCGCUGGAGUUUCACAACUGCCGGACAGAUGAUAAGACGUUCCAAUGUGAGAUGUGUUUCAGAUUCUUCUCCACCAACAGCAACCUUUCCAAGCACAAGAAGAAGCACGGGGACAAGAAGUUUGCCUGUGAAGUCUGCAACAAAAUGUUCUACCGCAAGGACGUCAUGCUGGACCACCAGAGGAGGCACCUGGAAGGAGUGCGGCGGGUGAAGAGGGAAGACGCGGAGGCCGGCGGUGCCGAGAACCUGGUGCGCUACAGGAAGGAGCCUUCGGGGUGCCCGGUGUGCGGCAAGGUGUUCUCCUGCAGGAGCAACAUGAACAAACACCUGCUGACGCACGGCGACAAGAAGUACACCUGUGAGAUCUGCGGGCGCAGGUUCUUCCGCGUGGACGUGCUCCGGGAUCACAUCCACGUCCACUUCAAGGACAUCGCGCUGAUGGACGACCAGCAGAGGGAGGAGUUCAUCGGCAAGAUCGGGAUCUCCUCGGAAGAAAACGAUGGUACUUCCGACGAGAGCGCAGACUCGGAGCCUCACAAGUACAGCUGCAAAAGGUGUCAGCUCACCUUCGGCCGCGGGAAGGAGUACCUGAAGCACAUCAUGGAGGUGCACAAGGAGAAGGGUUAUGGCUGCAGCACCUGCCAUCGGCGCUUCGCCCUGAAGGCCACCUACCACGCCCACAUGGUCAUCCACCGCGAGAACCUGCCUGACCCCAACGUGCAGAAGUACAUCCACCCAUGUGAGAUCUGCGGGCGUAUCUUCAACAGCAUCGGAAACUUGGAGCGGCACAAACUUAUCCACACAGGUGUGAAAAGCCACGCCUGCGAGCAGUGUGGGAAGUCCUUUGCCAGGAAGGACAUGCUGAAGGAGCACAUGCGCGUGCAUGACAACAUCCGAGAGUACCUGUGCGCAGAGUGUGGGAAAGGCAUGAAGACCAAGCACGCGCUGCGCCACCACAUGAAACUGCACAAGGGCAUCAAGGAGUACGAGUGCAGGGAGUGCCACCGCAAGUUCGCGCAGAAGGUCAACAUGCUCAAGCACUACAAGCGGCACACGGGGAUUAAAGAUUUCAUGUGCGAACUGUGCGGAAAAACUUUCAGUGAGAGAAACACGAUGGAGACGCACAAGCUCAUCCACACGGUGGGCAAGCAGUGGACGUGCUCCGUGUGCGACAAGAAGUACGUCACCGAGUACAUGCUGCAGAAGCAUGUGCAGCUCACCCACGACAAGGUAGAGGCCCAGAGCUGCCAGCUGUGCGGGACCAAGGUGUCCACCAGGGCUUCCAUGAGCAGACACAUGCGGCGCAAGCACCCCGAGGUCCUGGCCGUGAGGAUCGACGACCUGGACCACCUCCCCGAGACCACCACCAUCGACGCCUCUUCCAUCGGUAUCGUCCAGCCUGAGCUGAGCCUGGGGCAGGAGGAUCUGGCGGAAGGGAAGCACGUGAAAGCCGCCAGGAGGACUCACAAGAGGAAGCAGAAGCCAGAGGACGAGGCCGGGGCCACGGGGCCCGAGGAGGCCACCUUCAGCGAGUUCUCGGAGAAGGAGGCCACGUUCUCGGGCGGCGUCGGGGACGAGACCAGCUCCGCCGUGCAGAGCAUCCAGCAGGUGGUGGUGACGCUGGGCGACCCCAAUGUGACCACCCCGUCGAGCUCCGUCGGCCUGACCAACAUCACCGUGACCCCCAUCACCACCGCGGCUGGGACUCAGUUUACCAACCUCCAGCCGGUGGCUGUCGGGCACCUGACCACCCCGGAGCGCCAGCUGCAGCUGGACAACUCCAUCCUGACCGUGACCUUUGACACUGUCAGCGGCUCUGCCAUGCUGCACAACCGCCAGAACGACCUCCAGAUCCACCCCCAGCCGGAAGCCUCGAAUCCGCAGUCGGUGGCCCACUUCAUCAACCUGACCACCCUGGUCAACUCCAUCACACCCCUGGGGAGCCAGCUCGGCGAGCAGCCUCCGCUCACCUGGCGGGCGGUGCCCCAGACAGACGUGCUGCCAGCCCCGGCCCCCGCCCCGCAGGCCGCCCAGCCCCCGGUGCCGGCCGAGCAGCAGCCGCAGAUGUACAGCUACUGA